AUGGGAUCCAUCACAAGAGCCAAAAGCUUCAUGUUUCAACCUGCUCAGGCCUUUCUUCAUCUCGAUGUAAUUGGACCUCACGUUGCUGAGGGACACUAUGAUCAAGUAGGGCCUAAUGGCGAUUUAAUUCCACCCCAGGUUUACCCAGGUGGGCUAGAGUUGUGGAGCCCUGUUGGUCAAUCAAUCACUAUGCACAUGUGGCCUACUCUGUAA